CCUAAAGAAGUAGCUGACAUCUUUAAUGCCCCCAGCGAUGAGGAAGAUUUCGUUGGCUUCCAGGAUGAUGUUCCCAUGGAAACCCUCUCAUCUGAGGAGAGCUGCAACAGUUUUGACUCACCGGAGCCAGGGAAAAAGCAGGACGUGCGCUUCCAUUCCAAGUACUUCACGGAAGAGCUGAGAAGAAUUUUUGUAGAGGACACUGACUCAGAGACCGAAGACUUUCAAGGCUUUUCUCAGAGUGAUCUGGGCGCCAACAGUGACUCAGAAAUAAUGAUUGUGGAAUCGGAUCUGAGUGAUGACAGCAAUACCUCUAUAGUGAGUGAGGAAGAGGAAGCUGAUGAAGAGGAGGAAGAAGAAAAGGUGACCCCUAGAAGAAGCAGGUCUAGAAGAAGCAGUCUCGGGCUGCGGGUAGCCUUUCAGUUCCCCACCAAGAAAUUGGCAAAUCAAACAGAUAAGAAAAGCAGCUCCUCUGAGCCAUCAGAGCUCAGCUUACAGAACAAUAGAAAGACAGUUCUUGGAAGACAGAAGAGCUGCAGACAGAGGAAGCAGAGGGAAGAGCCUGCAUCCGAGUCUGACGAUGACUCCAGGGACGAGGGCCAGGAGAGCUCGGAUGCCCUGCUGAAAAGGACCAUGAACAUCAAGGAGAACAAAGCCAUGCUUGCCCAGCUGCUGGCAGAAUUGAACUCUAUGCCAGAUUUCUUCCCAGUACGAACCCCAGGCUCGACUUCUAAGAAAACCCCGCGCCGGGCAUUCUCGGAGGGACAGCUCCCGCGCCGCACAAACCCCACGCGGAGUGCCCGGCCUCCGGAGAAGUUUGCCCUGGAGAACUUCACAGUCUCAGCCACCAAACUGGCCGAAGAAUUUUACGGUUUCAGAAGAAGGAAGACAAUUAGUGGGGGGAGAUGCCAGGGGUACAGACGAAGUCGCUGCGCCUCCUCUUUUCGGCCAGUGGAGGACAUCACUGAAGAGGAUUUAGAAAAUGUGGCCAUCACUGUCCGAGAUAAAAUCUACGAUAAAGUUCUGGGCAACACAUGCCAUCAGUGUCGGCAGAAGACCAUUGACACCAAGACCGUGUGUCGUAACCAGGGCUGUGGAGGUGUGCGGGGCCAGUUCUGCGGGCCAUGUCUGCGGAACCGCUACGGGGAGGACGUGCGAUCGGCCCUGCUGGACCCGGAUUGGAUGUGCCCUCCUUGCCGUGGGAUCUGCAAUUGCAGCUACUGUCGGAAGCGGGACGGCCGCUGCGCCACCGGGAUCCUCAUCCAUCUGGCCAAGUUUUAUGGCUACAAUAACGUUAAGGAAUACCUGGAGAGCUUACAAAAGCAGCUGGUCAAAGAGGAGGAUUAA